GACACAAGUUUCGGUUGCACGAGUAGUAAGCAGUUCUACCUUUUGUGAAACUUUCUCGCGACGAAAGUAUCAGAAAGCCAAAAACCCCCGUGAAACUUGUCUCGCAACGCCGUUGCAAGCAAGUUUCAGCUAAAAUUUUCAACGUGUAUCAGGGCCUUCAUGGAAUCGAAUCAGUCUAUUAUGAGACAAGUUGCAGAGAAAAUUGCUACGUGUAAUCGAGCCUUCAGCGUCUUCUUUCGUUAGCUUCGCAAACAGGAAAAGAUCUUAUGCUGCUAGGAUUUGCAUAUCAGGUUUUUAUGCAUGCGAAAGCAUUAUUUUUCCACAAAUAUUAAUUGCACCAAAAGGAAAUUUGAAAUACUAUUUGCAAAAUAGUUUGUCUGUCUACGGGAAAAGAAGAGCAUAAAGACUUGAACUACUUAUUUACUAAUAUUUACAAUUGUACUUCCGCCUAGAAUCUUGAAUGUAAAAUACUACAAGUAAAUAAAUGUAUCACACGGUACAAUCAAGGGUCCUCCCUCACUUCCCCAGCUUGGAAAAACUAGUUCUGAGGCAAAUAUCUGUAUAUACGUACCAGUACAGCAGAGAAGUUGUGAUUUUUCGAAAGCUUCGCAUCAAAAUUUUGCUAUUCUGCCUUUGCAGCAAAAUUGUCUGGGCAUGCGUACCCAGAGAAUUUGCAUAUUAUCGGUCGGCUGAGUCCAAAGUCGAUUAGCCUGCAGCUCAAUUUUUUCUGUAUAUACUCUAAAAUAUUCUCAAACUAUUGCCAGUUUACACUUUUCUAAUUCUUUUUCAUUUUGAUUAAAAACGCAAUGAAAGUUCUCUCCUCCGUUUAUAGUAAUCGAUGGCCGAAUGCAUACCAUUAUAAGUCCCAGAUGCUCCCGCUCCCGGGUGACGGCUGAGAAAGGAGCGGACUUAUCUAGUACUGCUUUCACUUUCACUUUGUGUACCUGCUUUGUUAAUUUCAUGCCGGCUAUCAUGUGUCACUUUUUUGACGAGUUUCAAAAACAUAGCGGUUAGAAAGGUAAUAGAAACUGUGCAGUUUUCACGGAGAGAACUUAUAAAACUUCCAACGAAAAGAAACAGAAAAGUCGAGUUCUGGUACACGAACAUAUUAAUGAUGAAUAAAAGUGAGGUUAUUAAAAAUCUUCUCAGCAACAAAACCAAUGUACAAAGAGUUAAGGAUUUGAUUUUGAGCCAAGGAGAAAUGCAGGCAGCCAGCUGCUGGUGUCCUCGUAAUGAAGAUGAGCUAAAGAAGUAUUUAAUUACACUCCCAAAUGAAGAAUUCAUAUCUAUGAUGAAUGAACUGGGUAUUGAUGUGCAUAUGGCUAGUGUAUCGUCAACAGCAACAUCUUUACCGGUACAGGGCCAUCAAAAUCUUCAAGAUCCAAGAGGAGAUGAUCUUCUAGCAUUUACUAAUAAGCAACCUACAGAUUGCAACAAUAUUGACUUGCUCCCUUUAAAGCCUCAAUCCCCAGUAGGGUCAGGAUCAGAGUGUCCAAAAGCUGAUGUUUCUGAACUGGAACUUAAAUCUAAAGAUGAAAUUAUAAAGCAACUAAGAAUUAAAUUGAAAGUUUCAGAAAUAGAAAAAGAAACGCUGAGAAUGUAGCUUCAAAAAAGUCAAAAGAAACAACAAGCUGAUUCAAAAUACUUCAUUGAAUGCAAAGCCAAAGGUCAGGUCUUGAAAAACAACAACAAUCUGAUGAGUCAACAAGUAUCAGCAAUGGGGAGGCAGUUGGACGAACUGAAUUGGAAAAAAGCUCAAAUUGAAAAUGCUCUGAAACAAUUUCAAAAGGAGAGUAGUGAAGAUAAAGAAAACCAUCUCCGUAUCAUACUUUACUUUCGCGAGGUCAUGGGUGAAAGAACAAAAAAAAUCAAGGAGUUGGAAGCUGAAGUGCAAGUGCUUAAGAAUACAAACCCUGAAAAUGAUUUUCCUGUUCAGCUGUAUGAAAAAGCAGAGAUACUUGAGCAUGAACUAUCUCAGCUUUAUUUGAAGACAAAAACAAACUCAGAGUUGUUAAUGCGUGUCAAAGAAAAUUGUCAAGAAGUAAGAAAUGAGAAUGAAAAAUUGAAAGAAGAUUUGAGAAAAAAGGAGGAUGAGAUUCAAAUGCAACAAGCAUCUCAGGCUGCAUCAUAUUUAUCUCGUGAGGUAGAACUUGCAGGUAGAGUAUAUGAGGAGGUCAACAGAUUGCAAAGGGUUUAUGUAGAACUCAUGGAAUUUGCCAGGAGGCAAGGGUUCCAAUGGACAGGUGCUUUGAAUGAUGAGAGUGAUGAUGAGUGAUGUUAAAAUCUUCAUACAAAGUGAGCACUUAAUAUAAUUAACAGAGGCCUUAGCAUAGCAUGGCCCUGCUCAAUAUUUGCACUAUAUGCUUCCAGAGGACUGCUCCGCUCCCAAGGAGGAAUGAUUAGUUACUGAUGGUAUAUACUUAUUACAAAUGCAGAGAAAACCAUUUAAAACAAUCGGAUGGUUCGUAAUAGUAAUGAGGAAAGUAUAUUUCUUUCGGGAAAAUUAUGCAGGAAAAUUCAUUCCCUUGUAAUAUAGUGCCCAGGGUGUUUGUAUAAUUGGUACUUAAGAGCCAUGUUGCCAUGACAACAGCAUGUUUUAAUGCUAUUUAUAUCAUACAUUAGUGUCUUAGCGAUGGUUUUAACUGUACUUUUAUUUAUCAAUAAAUCAAUAAAUCUUGUACAAAGAAACCAAUCAUCAAAAACUAAGAUAGAAUGUGAAACAUUCCAUAUUCUUGUGGUGAAUUGCAUGUUGUCAUGUCAACAGCAUGUUUUAUUGCUUUUUAUAUCAUACGUUAGUGACUUAGCGAUGGUUUUAACUAUACAAAGAAACCAAUCAUCAAAAACUAAGAUAGAAUGUGAAACAUUCCAUAUUUUUGUGGUGCGAAUUUCAUCACCGUUAAACCACCUAAUAACUAAACUCAUUUUUCAAUUUUAUUCUUUUAUGACGGUUGCAACAACAACAAAUAUACAUCUUUAAAUGAUCAAGAGAAAAGUGAUAUAUUAUAGGUUAUUUGACAGAAAAUUAAACCCACUUUCAAUCAGAUACAUACUGUAUCAAAAACAUCAUGAGAGUACAAUACACCAUCUUACAGCCGGUCAGUGACCACAAAUGGUAGUUCAAAAUUGAGGUUAGAGUUUCUAUAUAUAGUUUAUCAUGCGCUGCAACUCCAACCUCAACUCUUGGAACUAUUAUUUCAUUUUAAGCAGCUGGAAAUACAUGCAGUUUAAAAAUUUGUAACCUGUGUACAGCAUCUUCCCACGCCUCCCGGCCCUUACUGAAAAAAAUAGGAAAGGAGAACAAGAAAAUUGUUUCUGCUUCUUGAAUUUAAGUCAAAGAAAAGUUAAAGAGCUUCAAUUUUUUCUGGAAACAAGCUUCAGUUGAUAUUUCGAAGGUUUCCCUGACUCGUUAAAUAGCUCUGAAGUCCGCCAUGCAUAAAUACUGAAAUAAGGUAUUAUAUGCGCAAAUCUAUUUCUGAAACACGAUUAAGAAAGGUUGACACACAGAUGCUCCCUCCCAGAUUUUCCAGGUAGGGGGAGGGUUGGGAAGCACUUGUACACAGGAGAAGAAUUUGGAGUCCCAUCACCUAGUAAUUUUGUUGAGCCUCUGGGGGACCAGAAGAUCGUUUUGAAAUGACAUUGGGGUUAUUACCAGGUUAAAAUUGCUGUACUGCACAAUGUUGCAAGUUGACCUUGGACAUGUUCAAGAUGUCAGCGGGUUUGAGAUAAUGGGACUUUACUGCGUACAUGUAUUCUCCUCUAUAAAUUUAAUAGCAAUAAUUUUACUCAUAAUAAUAAUAUAAUACUUAGAGUAUUUUGAGUAUAGAUAAAUUAGGAUCAUAAAUUAGGUACAUGGGUUAUUAUAAUCCAUUUUUACUAAUUUUAAAAGUUCUUUUCGGUGACCAUGAAUUAUAAAUUUUAGCCAAAAGAUUUCUAGAAAGGCUCUAAACAAAACUAGAUACAUAGAGUAUAGUUUAUUUAGAUAAUA